AUGAGCUGGCUGAAGAUCCUAGGGGUCGUGAUCGUGGGGGCCCUGCUGCUGACGGUCGGAAUUCUGUUGGGCCACUUCGCCAUCCCCAAAGCGGGGAAUGGCCAGGGGGCACCCAGCCAGGGGAUGCCUAACUGGGUGCAGACCGUGGGCCGGGAUCUGAAUGAAUCCCUGCUGCAGAGCUUCAUGGAUCAGGUGGAAAGCGGGAAGAUCCGGGAGAAUCUGAAGACCCUGGCCUCCCAGCCCCACAUGGCUACAACUAAGGGGGAUGAGGAGCUUGUGAAGCUGCUGCUGAGCCGCUGGCAGGACCCGCAGAUUGGUCUGGACAGCACCAGCGAGGACGUGUAUGGCGCAUUCCUGUCCUUCCCUGACCCACAGAGACCCAACAGCGUGGCCGUGGGUGUGUGGGCAAGUGAGGGCUGGAUCUUCUCAACCCGGCGCAGCGAGAAGGAAGUGACAGCGGACCAGGCCCAUGCAGAUGUGGUUCAGCCCUAUGCUGCCUACGCCCCCCCUGGGAACCCCAGGGGGAGGCUGGUCUAUGCCAACCAGGGCAAGCGCAGUGAUUACCAGGAGCUGGUCAACCUGGGCAUCAACCUGAAUGGCACCAUCGCCAUCACCCGCUAUGGGGGGGCUGACCGUGCUGCCAAGGCAGUGAACGGGGCAGAGUUUGGUGUAGCUGGCGUGGUGGUGUAUACAGACCCUGCAGACAUCAAUGAUGGGCGGGCAUCCGAGGAGGAGACCUACCCCAACUCCUGGUACUUGCCCCCCUCCGGUGUGGAGCGGGGCUCUUACAAUGGGUACUUCGGGGACCUGCUUACGCCCUACUAUCCUGCCAAAGAAUUCACCUACAGAAUCAAGGAGUCAGAGAUCCAGGGGAUCCCGCCAAUCCCAACUCAGCCAAUUGGCUUUGAAGACGCCCAGACACUAAUCUGUAACCUGUCUGGCCCUGUGGCUCCUGCGUCCUGGCAGGGCUCUCUGGGCUGCUCCUAUCCUGUGGGACCAGGAUUCCGCACAGGGGGGCUGUUUCCCAACACCAGUGAUGUCCAGGUCAACGUCUACAACCAGCGAGUCAUCAAGAAUUCCUCCAACGUGAUGGGGUUCAUCCGGGGCAGUGAGGAACCUGACAGGUAUGUCUUGUACGGCAACCACCGAGACAGCUGGGUGCACGGAGCCAUCGACCCGAGCAGUGGGACGGCUGUCAUGCUGGAGAUCACCCGCGUGCUGGGCAAGAUGCUGAAAGAAGGGAAGUGGCGCCCCAGAAGGUCCAUUAUCUUUGGCAGCUGGGGGGCUGAGGAGUUUGGUCUGAUCGGCUCCACCGAGUACACGGAGGAAUUCUACAGCAAACUGCGGGACCGGAGCGUGGCCUACAUCAACGUGGACAUCUCUGUCUUCGCCAACGCCACCCUGAGAGCCCAGGGGACACCGCCUGCCCAGAGUGUCAUCUUUGCAGCUGCCAAGCAGGUCCAGACCCCGGCCAGUUCCUCCAUGUCCGUCUAUGACAACUGGAGAAACCACUUCAACCGCAUCAGCCCCAGCUACGGCGUCAUCCCCAACUUAGGGUCCCUGGGUGCCGGGAGCGACUAUGCCUCCUUCAUCCAUUACCUAGGCAUCACCUCCAUGGACAUCGCCUACACCUAUGACAGGAACAAGACAUCUGCUCGGAUUUACCCUGCCUACCACACGGCCUUCGAUACCUUUGACUAUGCUGACAGGUUCAUCGACCCAGGGUUCACCAGCCACCAGGCCGUGGCCCGGACAGUCGGCAACGUGCUGCUACGGCUGGCCGACAGCCUCGUCCUCCCCCUUAAUGUGAGCGACUAUGGAGAGAAGCUGGAUGAGCUGUACAGUGCGGCCGCCCAGGGGGACUUCCUGGCCAACCUCACUGCCAACAAUCUCUCUCUUGACCCUUUGAAGGCUGCGAUUGGUCAGUUCAAAUCGGUGGCUGCUGACUUCAACCAGCGAAUAACGAAACUGAAGGAGGAGGAGUCUCCCAGUCCUCUCCAGAUCCGGAUGGUGAAUGACCAAAUAAUGCUGCUGGAAAGGGCCUUCCUCAACCCCCAGGCCUUCCCCAACAAAUACUAUUACAGCCACGUGAUCUGGGCAUCCAAAUCCUCUGACCAGGCCACCUUCCCAGGACUGGCCGACGCCUACACCAGUGCCCUGGAGACAGGGGACUGGGACCAAGUCCAGAAGCACCUCACCAUCGUCGUGCAGGCUGUGGAGAGUGCUGCCUCCACCCUGGAAGCCGUGGCCUAA